CUGGAGAAUCCCUCAGGAUGAAGCUGAGUCUCACCAAGGUAGUUAAUGGCUGUCGCCUAGGAAAAAUAAAAAACCUGGGCAAAACAGGGGACCACACAAUGGACAUUCCAGGCUGCCUUCUAUACACCAAGUCUGGCUCUGCCCCACACCUGACCCAUCACACGCUGCGUAGUAUCCACGGGGUUCCUGCCAUGGCUCAGCUCACACUGUCAUCGCUUGCAGAAUAUCACGAAGUCUUGACAGAAUAUAAGGAAGGAGUUGGAAAGUUUAUAGGCAUGCCAGAAUCGCUCUUGUACUGCUCCCUGCACGAUCCAGUCAGCCCCUGCCCAGCUGGUUAUGUAACAAACAAGUCUGUGUCUGUGUGGGGUGUUGGAGGACGAGUGGAAAUGACUGCUUCCAAGUUCAUGGCAAUUCAGCAGGCCCUUCAGCCAGACUGGUUCCAGUGCCUCUCAGAUGGAGAAGCAUCUUGUGCGGAAGCAGGUUCCAUAAAAAGAGCCAGGAAGUCUGUUGACCGAUCGCUGCUGUUCCUGGAUCAUUGUCUGCGGCUGCAGGAAGAGUCAGAGGUCCUUCAGAAAAGUACGAUCAUUGGAGUGAUUGAAGGUGGAGAUGUGAUGGAGGAGAGGCUGAGGUCAGCACGAGAGACAGCCAAGCGGCCUGUAGGUGGCUUCCUUCUGGAUGGCUUUCAAGGGAACCCGACAACUCUGGACACUAGACUGGACUUGUUGUCGUCAGUUACCGCGGAGCUGCCGGAAGACAAACCGAGGCUCAUCUGUGGUGUUAGCCUGCCAGAUGAGGUGCUCGAGUGUAUUGAAAGAGGAGUGGACUUAUUUGAGAGUUUUUUCCCUUAUCAAGUGACAGAGCGGGGAGGUGCCCUGACUUUCAGCUUUGAUUACCAGCCGAAUCCUGAGCAGACAUUAUUACAACAAAAUGGGACUCAGGAAGAAAAACAAUAUGUGGAUCAGUCAAAGAAAAUGAAAACAGCCAGUGGCAACCAAGAAAUGACAUCAUUUGAAAUUAAUCUGAAGGAAAAAAAGUACCGGGAGGACUUUGACCCAUUGGUGAGAGGGUGUUCCUGUUACUGCUGUAAGAACCACACUCGUGCUUACAUUCAUCACCUGCUGGUGACCAAUGAACUGUUGGCCGGAGUCCUGCUUAUGAUACACAACUUUGAACACUACUUUGGAUUUUUCCACUCUAUCCGGGAAGCACUGAAGAGUGACAGGCUGGCACAGCUGAAGGAGCUCAUCCGCAGGCAAGCAUCGUGAGCCUGGCACACAGGUCUGACUCCACAUUGAGCCAGUACCACUGCUGUUCUGUGGGAAGCGGAGAACGAGAAACCAUCUUAGCUUUCAUCAUUUAUGUUUGAGGAUACGAUCUGCUCAGUUAAGGAACGUCUGUACCAAACUCUGCCCACAGGAGGCUAAAGAGCUUUUUUCUAAAGACUUAAGUGACCUGGAUUGAUCAGAAAGAAUUGAACCAUGACCUUUAAUAUUUCUGUGCUAACUCUUUUAGUCAGUAGAGAUUUGUUUAGUCAAAAGCGUUAGAUGUGAAGAGACAGCCUUGAAGUGGCAGUGAUGAGAUUCUGAGGGUACACUGAGGUGCAUUGGAGAUUAAAGGGAGAUGAUUGGUCAUGAGCAGCAUGGCCUUGUGGCCUCAUGCCUAUUGACUGGAGAAGGAAUCUGCUUCAUUCAGGCGUUUUCUUGGUGCUCAGGGGCCUCUUUUGGGUACUGCCUUCCAAGCUGCUCCAGCAGUAUAGUCAGUCAGCAGUGGCUCUUUCGAUUUAACCAGGCGCACAUCUCCAUGGAACGUGGGGCUCACACAUUGCUCCUCUGACCGAUUGCUCCAAUGCACACGCCUUCAUUUGGCUACAUGGCUACAUGGUCUAUUUCUGACUUGUCUCCCUAGAGCUAACUGGAAGCUUCCCUAGCUGCGUCUGGUUGUGCAGGUCCACUAUAGUCUGCCCUUUAGGUUCAGUAAUAGUCUGACCACAUAAUAACUGUAGCCUCAUCACUUGGGGAGAUUCCUCCACCAUAUGUUCACUUGGAUAGAGCUUCGGACUGGCAGUUAGAGGAUUGGGGUUCAGUGCUACCCACCCACCUCUUCAUGCCUGUUUCCUCCUGAAUAAUUGGGGACAGGCAUGUGGAUAGGACUAAAUGAACUUCUGAGAUUACAUCUAACUCUAAUAUUUGGGAAACAAAUAGUUUUAGAUCAGAGUCAUAGCCUUACUUAUAGUUCUUGCUUAUUGAUCACCAUUGGCCUGAUGAAAAUGCAGCGGAGCCAGGAGUCAGGCAAUAAUAGAGACAUUUCAGAGUCUAAAAAGAGGUUUGGCUGUGGAUUUUGAACUGGUUGGUGAAUUGGCAUUAGCAGAUCCUGAGGCUGGAAAGACCUUCCUGGAUCAUCUCUGAUCCUGUGAGUUUUUUUACUCUUCCCAAAGGAGUGACAUUUGUGUUGAUGGUUGUGACAAGUGAUUUGUAUAUUUUUGUGUGCUUUUCUAUAUUUAUGAAGUUUUCUACAAGAACAUACCUACACAGCCCUGUCUGGUGUGGCUCAGUUGGUUGGGCAUUGUUCCAUGCACCGAAAGUUGCUGGUUCAAUCCCCAAUCAGGGUACAUGCUUGGGUUGUGGGCUCGAUCCCUGGUGUGGGGCAUGCAGAAGGCAGCCAAUCAAAGUUUUGCUCUCACAUCAACGUCUCUCUCUCUUUUUCUCUCUCUCUGUCUUUCUCUUUCUCCCUCUCCCUAAAAAUUAAUUUAAAAUAUAUACAGACAUUUAUACGCAUAGUUUUUGUCAAAACAACAACAGAACCAAAAAGAGGCCUUUGUUUUUGUUUUUUUAAAAAAAUAUAUUUUAUUGAUUUUUUUACAGAGAGGAAGGGAGAGAGACAGAGAGUUAGAAACAUUGAUGAGAGAGAAACAUCGAUCAGCUGCCUCCUGCACACACCCCACUGGGGAUGUGCCCGCAACCAAGGUAGAUGCCCUUGACCGGAAUCGAACCUGGGACCCUUGAGUCCGCAGGCUGACGCUCUGUCCACUGAGCCAAACUGGUUAGGGCAAGAGGCCUUUGUUUUGUGUGUAGGACUGUGAACUACAUUUGUUUUAUAUUAUUGUGCUGUAUUUUGCUGUUUGUUCAUUUUAGUGGGUGUUACUAAGCAUUUUUAAAAAGUUAUUAUGUGGUUACUACAUUUUUAUGUGUUGGAUGCCCAUCUAUAUGGUUUACCUUUAUUAGAUGGGAGUAAUUCUGUUUUGGAAUUCAUAACUUUGGAAUUCAUGGGCAUUCCUAUUAUCUCUCUCCAUGAAUGGUACGGGUACUUAUGAAAGAAUCUCUGUUCUCAAGGAUCUGAUUGUUUUGAAGUAUAUUGGAUGGGACUUGUUCAUAUGUUUAUAUUCCUUUUCAAUGCCAAAUCCAUUGUUAGAGGACUAUUAAUAAAUAUCCCAGAAUUUGUAUAAAA